AUGCUGCAGUGCAAACACGCUCAGGAAUUCAGCUUCGGGCCCAGAGCUCUGAAGGAUGCUCUGAUCUCCACCAACCCAGCUCUGCAGGAGCUCUAUGCCAAAGCUUUCUCCAGGGCAGAGAAGCUGUUCCUCUCCGAAGCCUACAACCCACAGAGAACGCUCUUCUGCACGCUGCUCAUCCGGACGGCUUUUGACUGGCUCCUCAGCCACCCUGAUGCCCCCGAGGACUUUGAGACAUUCUAUCAUGCCAUGCUGAGGAGGAAGCAGAACUUCUAUCGAAAGCACAUUUACCUGCAACCUAUAGACUUGAUCGAAGGGCCUGCUGGGCUCUCACUGCUGGAUUCCCUCCAGAGCUGUGUGGAGUCUUUCUUCCUGGGUCUCCGUGUCAAGUGCCUUCCCUCCAUCCCCAUCUCUUCCAUUCACUGCUGCUACCGUCACAGCCGGGACUCAGACAGGGUGCAGCUUCACGCAGAUGGGAUCUUGAAUUUCCUGAAGAACAACAAGCCCAUGGAUGCCCUGUGUGUCCUUGGACUUACUCUGCUGGACCUUUACCCAUGUGAGACCUGGAGCUUCACGUUCAGCAAAUUCCUGCCAGGACAAGAAGUGGGAGUCUGCAGCUUUGCCAGGUUUUCUGGGGAUUUCCCCCAGGCUGGCUGUAGCAGCUUGAAUCCACUCACGCAGAGGGAACGGUUGUGCGAAGUCAGCAAGGAAAGCAGGGACCGGCCAUUGCCAUUCAGUGCCCAAGAGAUGGUCCAGUGCUGUAAGGGGACCUGCCGCUGGCUGCAGUGCAUCAUGCAGGGCGCCCUGAGCCUGGACGAAGCGCUGCUGAGGCCCCUGGAGCCGUGUCCCAUCUGCCUUCGGAAGCUGCAGCACGUCAUCGGCUUCAAACUCAUCGAGCGCUACAGGAAGCUCUACGCUUGGACACAGACUGUAUUGUCCACGUGGCCAAGGCAGGAGUCAUCAGACCUGUCCGCCUCGGAGGACGUCCUCCCGUUCAGCUCAGACUCUGGGAUGUGCUGUGAGAAUGACUCCGAGGCUGUCACCUCCUUGUCCGAGCCGCUGACACCAGACACUUGCAGCCAGGCCCUCUCCAUCGGCCAGGAGCUGGAACAGGACGAGCACUCGUGUUCGCUGGCAGAGGCACACAGCCAGCCCCAGCUUGCUGGGCCCACCAAGUCCACAGAUACCAUUAAAGAUUAUGAACUGUGGCUGGAGAUGUGCAUUGCUGCCCUAGAGAGGAACGUCUCUGAGGAGGAACUGGCUCAAGUAGACAAGACCGUGGACACCCUGGCUAAGUGGGAAAUGUUUACAGGGCAACUGCCUGCUAUGAAGAAGGACUUGCCCUUUGCUAGGGACAGCACCGGGCUACGGAAAGUUCUUGGAGACAAAUUUUCCUCCUUGCGGAGGAAAUUGAGUUCCAGAAAACUGUCGAAAGGGGAAUCGUCCCCUCAUCGUUGGCGGUGGGAGGAAAAUUAGGCUGGGUCUCCCUUGGGUUGGGCCAGCUUUGCUCCCACGGCUUUGGUUACAUUACUGCCCUGCUUCUGACCUUUCUCACCACAAGUUGUUGCUGUCAGAGAGAAACAGCAACUCCCCACAGGAAUAAAAGGUGUUUCUUU